UUGGUCGUCUCUUAUUGGUGGCUUGCCACGGUUACAUCACGCCCCGUCGCCCGUGACGCUCGCACGUCUUCCGGCUUCCUUCAGCCGCGUCUUCAAGUGAAUCUUUUUUAGUGGCCGGGGAGGAGCGCACCGCUGCAUCCAGUCCUCCUGGUCCAUCCAGACAAAACAGACGCGCGCUCGCACUCUCCUUUUCUCGCAGUUACCACACACACCGCUCGCAAUUUGGGCGUCCGGCAAGAGGGGAAGGCAGCCAAAAGAGCUCCUCGCAUCUUCCGACAGUCGCUUUUUUUUUCGCGUGCAUGUGUUCUUGUUAGUUGUCGUUUCUUUUCAUUCCUGCCAUCCGAGCAUCCAGGCACAAGCGGUGAUCUUGUCUAUCUUUUUGUCGUGGAGCGUGUCAGUGUGAUUUUUUUUUUUUUUUUGGUAACCCCCCCCUCCGCCUCUUCCUCCUCCUCUUCGUCGUCAUCAUCAUCAUCAUCUGCGGGGGUGCUCAGAGCCUAUACUCCCAGAGACACGUGCGGUUUUUGUGGGAUAUGGCCCAAUAGCAGCAGCCCGUGAUGCCGGACCAUGACAGCGACUCCCUCCUGAACAGACAGACCAAGCGAAGACGUGUGGACAUCGGUGUGAAGAGGACCGUGGGCAGCGCCGCCUCUGCCGCAGCGACAGCGACCACUGAUAACAUUGCGCGUGCCAAAGCAGCCAUUUUUAGUGCCAUGAACUCUCUGAGCGCUCACUCUCACCACGGAUCAGACGCCGACCCCAUGGAGUGCUCUGUAGUGCAGCCGCACGGGGGGCCUGGCGUGGUGUCAGCCGGGGACAGCGAGUCAAAGUCCAACGUGCUGCGGAAGCUGCUGAAGCGGGCCAACUCGUACGAGGACGCCAUGAUGCCCUUCCCCGGCACCACCAUUAUCUCCCAGUUGCUCAAGAACAACUUGGCGAAAAACGGCGGAGGGCCAGAAAGAGGGGAUCGAGGCGACCACGGCUUCCCCGGGUCAGGGCUCUCCAAUACGAGCUCAGACGCUCCCCAGGAGGACGCCUGCAGCAACUCUUCGCAAGAAAGCACACCUCAGGAAUGCCUGUCGCCCUUCGGCCGGCCCCCCGGCCUGGCCGCGUUCGACAUGGAGCGUCUGAACGACGAGCACCUGCGCGCCAAGCGCGCCCGCGUGGAAAACAUCAUUCGAGGCAUGAGCCACUCCCCCAGCGUUCUGGUGCCGCCACCGAAUCGCCACGAGCGCGACCACGACAUGGACGGCGAGCGGGAAAUGGAUCUGGAGUGCCCGCCCCCUCGGUCCCAGCACCAGGGCCCUGGCAGCCCGCGAGCGGGUGAGGGGUGCGGAGGCGGCAGCCGGGAGAAUAAGCGCAAGCAGCGUCUGCCGCAGCAGCAGCAACAGAGUUUCACCCAGCUGGUGUGCCAGAGGAAAGAGCAGAAGCAGGAGGAGCGGCGACAGCUCAAGCUCCAGCUGGAGGACAUGCAGAAGCAGCUCCGCCAACUCCAGGAGAAAUUCUUCCAGAUCUACGACUCCACCGAUGACUCGGAGCACAACGACCUGCAUCACGACCUGCACAAUGACAUCGGCAACCUGUCCGAAGACAGCCCGGUGAGGUCCGACCACGGCGCCGACGACCAGGGCGCCGACGACCGAGGGGGCGACGACUUGCGCUCCGAUAAUGAGAUGUCUGACCUGGAUCCGGGUCAUUUCCUGGAUCGGGCACGGGCCUUGCUUCAAGACCAGUCUCUACUGAGGGACGGGGACAAAACGAGGAGAGAUGGAAAUGGGCGGAGCAAAGGGCAGGGAAGCCUGAGCACCUCCAUGCACGCCGAAGGGAAACAGCUGGCGGAAACGCUCAAGCAGGAACUCAACUCGGCGAUGACGCAAGUGGUGGACACCGUCGUCAAGGUGUUUGCCAAGCCCCCACGUCCCACCCCCCAGCAGGCAUUCCCCCCACUUUCUUUACCCCCCGAAAGGUUCUCGACUGCGGUCAACGGGGACAACCCCAACUUCCACACUGCCAACCAGAGGCUGCAGUGCUUCGGCGACGUCAUCAUUCCAAAUCCGCUCGACUCCUUCGGCGGCAUUCCAGGGAUUCCAGGCGCAGUGAACGACCAAACCGAGGCCCUGCCGUUAGUUGUAAGGAAGACGCCAAGCGAGCAUCACCACCACCAUCACCAAUCGUCCGCCGUGGGCGCCCACGGCGGUCACCACCACCCGUCUCUUCACCCUUCCUCGCUCUCCGCCACAAUGGGGUUCAGCCCACCCUCCUUCAGGCACCCCUUCCCCCUGCCUCUGAUGGGUUACCCCUUCCAGAGUCCCCUGGGCCCACCCACAGGUGGCUACCCGAGCAAGGAGCGCUCCUCGCCAGAUUCCAUGGACCUGUCCCGGGAGACCACAAGCCUGAGGACCAAGAUGGCAUCCGGUCACCACCUGGGCCACCACCAUCGUUCGUGUUCUCCGGCGCACCCCGGCAGCACGGCGGAGGGACUCUCCUUGUCGCUCAUCAAAUCCGAGUGCGGCGACCUGCAGGACAUGUCUGACAUCUCGCCUUACUCGGGCAGCAACAUCCAGGAGGGCCUCUCACCCAAUCACCUGAAAAAGGCCAAGCUCAUGUUCUUCUACACCCGCUACCCGAGUUCCAACAUGCUCAAGAUGUUCUUCUCCGACGUCAAGUUUAACCGUUGCAUCACCUCGCAGCUCAUCAAGUGGUUCAGCAACUUCCGGGAGUUCUACUACAUCCAGAUGGAGAAAUUCGCCCGGCAGGCCAUCAACGACGGCGCCGCCGGCGUCGAGGACCUGAGCGUGAGCCGCGACUGCGAGCUCUUCCGAGCCCUCAACAUGCACUACAACAAGGCCAAUGACUUUGAGGUCCCGGAUCGCUUCCUGGAAGUGGCAGAGAUCACGCUGCGGGAGUUUUUCAACGCCAUCGUGGCGGGCAAAGACGUGGACCCUUCGUGGAAGAAGGCCAUCUACAAAGUGAUCUGCAAGCUGGACAGCGAGGUGCCCGACAUCUUCAAGUCGCCCAACUGCCUCCAGGAGCUUCUACACGAGUAAAGCGAUUCCAUCUUCUUCCCUUUACCGCUUCAACACUAUUCACUUACGUUCGCCCCUCC